GACUGCCCCAAUAGGGGCCCCAGGGGUGGGGACUAGGUUUGAAAAGUUGGCGGGAAGCAACAUGGCCGUGCGGCGGCAGCUGGAGCUUUUCUUCCAGGAGCCCCGACUGGGAGGCGUGAUCAGGGUGGAUCGGGCGGAACCCGGGACGAAGAGCUGCCGCCAUGGUCAGCAAAGCGCAAAGCCUCCGGAGAACCCCGGGGAGCGGGUUCCGGGCUCCCGGAGACUCAGGCUGGAGGACUGCGUGCUCUACCAGUGCCGCGGUUGCCGUUCGGUGCUGGGCGACUCGCUUCAUCUCUGCGCCCAGGAGGAGAAGCUCCGCCUUCUCGUUUGCUUCAAGGUUACAAAUGAUGUUGUAGUGGAAGAUAACUUGAUGGUCUGUAUUGAGGGGGACCUCAAAGGAUGCACCUACAACAUGUUGUACUGUCGAGAAUGUAAAGCGGGAAUAGGUUUCAGACUCUAUUGUUCAAAACCUCUGGCUCACCUGCGAGGCUUCUUUUGCCUUUUGAAGGACAACAUCAUAUGUUACUUGUUAAAAACUAAAACCACAAUUGAAGCCUCAAAGAUGACCUGUCCUCCUGUGAGCCUAAAGGAACAAGUACAGAAACUAAAGGAGAGCCUUGUUUUAGCGCACAUACGGAUAGAACAGUUGAUUGAGAAACUCGAAGAAAGAAACCAGCAGAAGUUGAUGUCUGAAAAGCAGGUCUACAAAGCAAGACUACAUGGCCAAGCAUCUGGGGGAACAAGGAAGAAGUUGAACAACUAACUGGUAGAAUUUCUGCAGUCACAUAUCUGCAUUUGGCUGUGAUGAACAUGGUUGUACUUGUCUUCACACAACCACUGUUUUGGUUGUACAGUAUUUGAAAAUGGCAGUGUGUCUUGGACUGGCAAAUGGAUUGCACAAAGCAUAUGAACUGCUAUAUUUUUAUAUGUGCACACACAGUUCUGCCUGGAUUUUUUUGGAAUUGUUGCAUCUGUUAAUACUAUCCUAAAUUAUACAGUGAAUGCAUUUGCAGCCUCUGUUUAGAGGAAAUGUACAGCUUGUAGUUUGUUGGUGGCUUCAAUUCAGCAUUUUAUUUUAAAUUUGGCUUGAGACAGUUCAGUCUACCCAGUAACCUGUUGUGUAAACUAAAAGUGUCAAUUUAAAAACUAUUAAAAUUUCAUCAAACUUGAAUUCUUAACUGUAACACCAGUUGAAUUCUAUGCUAACAACAGGGUUUUUAAAAUGCUGCCUAAACUACCAAAGGUGGAGCAUAGGUUAGGAAACUUGUACAGAUGUGAGGCAGCCUACAUAAAGGCUUUUCUGUCUCUCUUAUUAACUUAAUGAAUUGCUUCCUAUGAAACAUCUCAAAGCAAUUUAACAAUAAAAACAAUUUCAAGUCCAA